GUCACGAUGAAACCUCAGCGAGAGAUUCUACCCGCAGGCCCAACAGCAGCCAGCAGCGCCUCAUCAGAACGGGAGUCGACCCCGCAAUCCGCCACCGGAACCGCCUCGAGUGCGCCUAGACGCCGUCCCCAGACAAAGAUUGCUUGCACUUCGUGUCGGAGGAGGAAAUCAAAGUGCGAUGGCCAGCGUCCCGUGUGCUCCUUGUGCGCCGGCAUGGGUCGUACUAGGUGUGAGUACGAUGCCGGCCCAGACGUUACUCGAUUUGCUGCCCUCAAAACCAAGCACGAGGAACUGCAGCGUCGCGUCACCCUAUUUGAAGAACUCUUCCGCCUACUGUCGAUGCGCUCCGAGGCCGAAUCUGUCGAAAUCAUCCGCCGCAUGCGCACCGCCAAUAUUGAAACGGACCUCGAACACCUCGUCAAGUUCAUCAAGAACGCCGACUUGUUGAUGCAACUGUCCUCCGCCCAGUCGGACCAGACGCCUCCUGCCUCGGGGGAGUCAAGUGUCGACACGCACCUCCUCCCCAUGCCCCUGGACGACAUAUCGUCUCUUCUCGAGCUUUUAAAAUCGGCCGUUUCUAAACUCGACGCCUCGGCCCGGACUGUCUUACUGGACACGAUUAGACAUCAUAUAGAUGUCUUCACCUCACACGAAGGCGGUCGACCAGGCUCCGCGGAAACAGUGAAGCUUGAAGGCAUGCCGGACGGGGAGGCAAACGCAGAGAUGGACGGCGGACGGCCCCAGGAGCCGGGGGCUUUUCUCAAGCGGCUACUUAAUGAUGACAUGACGAGACCGAACUGACGCGCGCGUACUGACUGCCCUGGGAGGUUAGCGCAUUCUUGUGUGACUUCCACGAGCGAUUGAGGUUCACAAAGGGCAGCGGUCGGUCAGACUCAAGAUGGCAUGAGGGCCUGACCAGUUGAUCCGUGAACUCUGCGCGUACAGACCACGACGGCGAAGCAGGCGGCGGGCUUGGGAAACUACUGGGUCGUGACGGGGCGUGGGGAUUCCUUAGGAAAUCGGAGUCGGCUUCCUGAGGGCCAAGAUUUUGUUUUUCACUUUUCCAACGAGCAAUAUUUGGCCAUGUUCUUUACGCAAGCGGUCCGGUGACCGUUACAACUAAAACUCGGUCCAACAGAUCCACGCCGAUCUGGACAGCUUCGCGCCGAAGGCGACAUCGCCCGACGGACCUCGGCUUGGAGCUAUCUAAAAGAGGCGAUGGAGUUGUUUGACGAAAGGAGCGUCAGUGUAUGUCCUCGCAACAGACUCGCCGCGCGUGAAGGCGAGAAGGAACCAUGCGUGGCGUACAGCCGUAAAACAUAGGGUAUUAUUAUGUUGUCCUGACCAAGCAGCUGCAAACUUGUGGCGGGAGAAGGGGGUCCGAAGAGAUGUCUCGGUCUCUAACAAAAUGCGAUCAUUAGACCGAAACAGCUUUGCACUGGCGACACGCACAAAAGAAGAUUGAACGUUUACGCAAGCAUGGUCACGAUGGAGGCGUCGGUCAAACCCCAAAAGCUUCAAUUUCAUCAUCGACAGUGAGUUCUAAGCAUCGUCCCACACCACAAGCUCUCAGCUGGGAGGGACGGCCGGGGGAGGGGUUGAGUAAGGAGCGAGAAAUGACCGAUCGGAGACAGCCCCGAAGGUCGUUAGGACCUUCGCAGCCAUUGUCACCGUGAGGGCGAAACGUCGCCAGAGCGUUGUGAGGGAAGAGAUGACAGUCUCAGCAACACACGGCUGACAGGCGACGCACCGCACAGCACCGUUUCGUGCUGCUACUUCAGCGGUUCCCCUCCCUCCAAGCGUGCGCAUGAGCCCAUUAGGGGACCGUGCGGAAUGGGUUCCGCCGACGGUCGACAGGCACAGGGAGGGGAUAGGUGGGGGGGAAGGUUCCAAGAUGAUGGGCAGAUACAAGCAAAAAUAAAAUGUGCAAGCGUGGCUGUUAUCAGCUACUUGAGUACUACAUUGCAUGUGCAGCCAGCCAGCCAGCCCUAUGACGGGGCGUGCCC